UUCACUACAGUGCGUAUUUGCUUAUUUUUGUUUUUGUAAACUUAUUUUACAUUCAUUUUUCUUUACAGCGACCCCGUGAUAUCAAUGCAAGAUAUUGCCAAAGCGCAAUCAGUGACCGGAAGUGGAUACCAUCAAUCCAAAAUUCAACUGAUGCAACCUAUCAGUUUUGUUGAAGAGUGCAAUGCUCACAGGGAAAUACAGCGUAGCAUGAAAAUUCUGGAUCCCCAGUAUCGUACUGGGUUUAACUACACCUUCAACAACGCUGUUGUUCACAAUUCGUGGGCUUUCCCUCGCCAUCUGUAUUCACCAAUUCAAGGUUUUGGAUGGGGACCCAGGAAAACGACUUUGUUAUGGCAAUACCAUGCACUUCCUAAGGAUCCUAAUUAUCGUCACCCUGUUAACUUCCAUGCUUCAAAUUCAACUUCUACUUUAACUACAACUACAACUUCUCAACCUCGUGGAGCAUCUACUUGGGCUCAACAAUUCCCACCUGUUCAACAAUUUCCUGUUCGAGCAAAUGCCAACCAACAACUUUCUCAUAUUCAUGUCCAACAGUCCAAUAUCAGUACUGCAUAUGUUGUCUGUGCUCCCUCCAUGACUGAAGUGUCGCACAACUUCAUGCCUUUUCUUAUGGAAGCUCCAUUGCUGGUUCCUGUAUGGGCAGGUCGUCGAGGACACAUUGAAACGAUUUUCGACAUGUUACCAAGACGACCAAGAGACAGAAAAAAGAGGAAGAAAAUUAAGGAGAGACAAGUAAAACAAAGACUUCACAACGGCAUCAAAAGACGUGCGCGGAGACAGAAAAAUAAGGGAAAAGUGCCAUAA